AUGGGUAACGACGGUGGUUCUAUUCCUAGACGCAUUGAACUUGUCAAAGAAAAGGCAAAGCAUGUUGUCCUUAAUCCUGAUAUUGAGAGAGCCGCUGCUUGGCUUCAUUGUGCUUUAUCCAAGCUUUUGUUAGAACAACCUGUUGUUUCUUGUGGAUUAGGCAAACUCUAUAACCAAGAUGCGAUCAUUGAGUAUUUACUAGACCCCAAUACCUAUGGUGAUGGCGAUAAGAUUUGUUCUCACAUCACCUCAUUAAAAGACACAAUCAAGCUCAACUUGACACCCAAUCCUUCUUUUGACAAAUCCAACAAUGACUCAGCCACCAUGGGUAAUUUGGACAGAGAUAUCAGAAGCAAGUUUAUCUGUCCUAUUUCAAUGAAAGAAAUGAAUGGCAAACAUCGAUUUGUGUAUUUGGAUAGCUGCGGCUGUGUCUUUGCAGAACAAGCAUUGAAGGAGAUUCCCGGCAAAGAAUGCUUUACUUGUGGCAAGCCAUUUGAAAAAGAGAAUAUUGUGGUCAUCAAUCCUACAAAAGAGGAACAAGAUGCCAUGCGAAAGAAAUUGGAAGAAAAGAAAGCUAAGGCUAAAGCAGAAAAAAAGGCUAAAAAGAAUGGAUCAAGCAAGAGGAAGAGAGAUUCAAAUUCACCUGAUAAGGCAGCCAAGAAGACAGCAUCGACCAUUCAUUCCUCUGCUGCUGCUGCUGUGAUGGAUAAAGUGGCCCAAGAUUUAGCUGAAAAGCAAAAGACACAAGUGUCUAGUGCUGUCAAAAGUAUUUUUAGCUCAAGCGAUAAAAAACAAAUGGAUGGCAACUACCUCACAAGAGGUACAUUUACUCGUUAUUAA